AUUUGUUACUACAAAUGCUGAAGUUGAGAGAUAUGCUAAAUUAAGGUUUGAUUACCCCCAGCGUCGAGCUGCUCUCCCCCGCUUGGCGGCGACAGAACUUCCGUCGACGGCAACACUCUCCUCCACCACCACACAAGCUUAUUCUUAACCCUUUUCUACCCUCUAUACGUUCCCUUCUUGUUUUUUCCCCAAUACCUAAUUCUUAACGCAGUUACAUCGUACCUUCAACUUCUUCAACUCUUCCAAUUUGUUUUGACUGAAUGCCCAAUCUACGUAUAGUUGAAGAGGGGGACCAUUGUUUGAUUGCAGAAUUCAUAGAAGCAUGAAGAAGAUGGAGAGAAAAGUGAGCCCAAAAUUGAAUAUCGCAAUCAUACACCCAGAUCUUGGUAUAGGUGGAGCUGAAAGAUUGAUUGUUGAUGCGGCUGUUGAACUUGGCUCCCAUGGCCACAAUGUUCAUAUUUUUACAGCUCACCAUGAUAAAAACCGAUGCUUUGAGGAAACUGUUUCUGGUACCUUUCCAGUUACUGUAUAUGGCUCUUUUCUACCUCGGCAUAUAUUUUACCGUUUACAUGCUGUAUGUGCAUACUUACGGUGUAUUUUUGUUGCUAUUUGCUUGCUGUUCCUGUGGCCAUCAUUUGAUGUCAUACUGGUAGAUCAGGUUUCUGUUGUCAUCCCACUGUUGAAACUUAAAAAAUCAGCAAAGGUGGUAUUUUAUUGUCAUUUUCCGGAUCUGUUACUAGCUCAACACACAACUUUUCUUCGGAGGUUAUAUAGAAAACCUAUUGACUUUGUAGAAGAAAUUACAACUGGAAUGGCAGAUAUGAUACUUGUUAAUAGUAAAUUUACUGCAUCUACCUUUGCAAAUACAUUCAAUCAUCUCCAUUCUCGAGGAAUUCAACCUGCUGUUCUUUACCCAGCUGUCAAUGUGGAUCAGUUUGAUGAAUCUCAUUCUUAUAACCUGAAUUUUCUGUCCAUCAACCGCUUUGAAAGGAAAAAGAACAUAGAGUUGGCUGUUUCAGCAUUUGCUAUGCUUCACACCCUUGAUAAGCAUGCUCUUGAAAAUCAUAAUCUACCUGAUGCCACUUUGACUAUUGCAGGUGGAUAUGACAAACGACUGAGAGAAAAUGUUGAGUACUUGGAGGAACUUAAAAGCUUAGCUGAAAGGGAAGGUGUGUCUCAUCGAGUUAAGUUUGUCACAUCUUGCUCAACAGCUGAAAGAAAUGCUCUUCUUUCCCAAUGCCUGUGUGUCAUUUAUACGCCAAAGGAUGAACACUUUGGAAUCGUACCAUUGGAGGCAAUGGCAGCUCAUAAACCUGUUAUUGCAUGCAACAGUGGGGGUCCUGUGGAAACAGUAAAGGAUGAAGUGACAGGCUUUCUUUGUGAUUCUACUCCUAAAGCGUUUUCUCUGCCUAUGGCUAAACUCAUUCAGGAUCCCCAGAUUGCCAAGAGAAUGGGUGAACAGGCACGGAAGCAUGCCACUGAAUCAUUUUCUACAAAGAUUUUUGGCCAGCAUUUGAAUCAGUACCUCAUCAGCGUUGCUGGCAACAAGGAGGACUAACAGUCAAUAUAGCAGACGAUAACAAAACCAUUCCGCACUACUUUGUACAAGAUAAUUUCAACAGAAAGCAUCUCUUGAUAAUUUGCGAGUUGUGCAUCUUUGAGCCGUUAGGUCAUUUUAUUUACAUAGAUAUAUUGCAGUGGUCCCUAGAGUUGAAAUACAAAUCUAUCAUAGCAGUUUGAUCCUUAGGUUGCUGUGUGCGAGAAGGAAAUUUAAUUUGCCCAUCUCGUUGACGAGAUGGUCUUCACUGUAUGUAGAAACACACCAAGUCGACAAGACUCUCUUAAAAAUGAACAGUUCUUAAUAAAGUUUUAGGUGGACGCAGAGCUCCCAGAA